AUGGAUUCUUGGCUAUGGUUACUAUGCAUUCUAAUACCAUCUUUGAUCAUACUGAUUUUUAUUGUUUUAUUUAUUUUCAUAAAACGUAAUCGUGGUCACGGAUAUUUUCUAUCGAAAUUUUCUGCAUUUACACGUGUACGGUUCGAUCAUCUUGAGCAGCGACGGCAAACGUAUUGUCCCGCAGAUAAAAAAUGUCAAUGUCAUACAAAACAUUCGUCUUCACAUAUUGAACCGAAUCUAUCAUGUACACAUCGUUCACCGACGCUCUAUAUGAGUUUUGCUGGUGCUGCUAUGAUUGUUGGAGGUGUGCGAACAACGGAAUGGCGCAGCUCUAUUAGCAAAUUGCACGAUCACGCGCACAAUCAAUUCGAUGUUUUAUUUUUAACUGAUCCAGCACAAUGUUUCUACUUACAAGAUCCAAACUAUCAAUGGGAUGGUUUAAAAUAUUGUCGAAAACUAGUAAAACUCUAUUCGACACUUUAUCAACGUGUAAUUUUAAUUGGAGCUAGUCUUGGCGGUAGUAUGGUUUGUAUGUGCGCUGAUUUAGCGACGAUAUCGAUUGCAUUCAAUCCAAUAUUAGACCCGACUCUACUUGGUUUACCAUGGCGUAUCAUGGGCGCAUAUUGUUCAGCGAGACAAGCACAUGUUAUACGUGAACAAGUAAAAAUUACUAUGGAGAAAAUCAAUUCGAAAACAUUAAAUCGUGAUUGCGUACUUCAUAUACAUUGGAGUCAAUUAUCAGCAGCUGAUCGGCGGCAAGCUCAUCGGAUUAUUCGCAGUGAUGAAGAGAAAAAAUCGAAACAAACAAAAUGCUUAACGUCCGUUCUAGAUUUUGAUAUUGAUAGUCAUUUUAUGAAUAGCUUAACAGGUGUUCAUGUUUGGUUUCAUUCAUCUGGUCGGCAUGCAUUAGCUAUGCAUUUGAAACGCGCUGAUCAAUUAGUGCCACUAUUGCGACGGCAUUUAUAUGAAAUAUUAGAAAACUGUAGAAAUAAUACUAGUCAAGAAGGACAACAAUCAAAUACGAAUCACGCUUCGCUAUCAGUUAAAAUUCACGAAAUAGAUGAAAAUGAUGUUCUUCUGGCAUUGGUAUAA